UGUACAAUUAUUUGAAUAUCUUUGUCUCAUCUGAAAAAUCCGACGUAAGAUCCUCCAAUUCGGCCGGCAAUGUCUUGUAAAUGGAAUCUUUUCGAACUCAAAACAAGUUUUAAAACAUCCACUCCAAUUGUUUUUUCAUAUGAGCAGUGGAAUCUCUGAUUUCGCAUACCACACCCAGUCAACCUUCUAACCAAUGGCAUCUCCGGCAACUCUAGCUAAUCCUACAUUUCCCGGCCAAGGAUGGCUGAUUUCUCCCUCGAUUCACUCUCUCUCUUCAAAAAAUCUCUCCUUUCGAAAUGGGUCUUCGUAUCUGCAGCUCAAGGUAGCCCAAAGCCCUCAUUUACAAUUGAACGCUGUGAAGAAUUCAAGCAUCUCUUCUGAAACGGAAUUGGGACAAAUAUUUGAUGUCCCACUUCUUUCUUGCUCAGAGGCUACUGAAAGACUGAGAACUUUUCGGUCGAGCUACGAGAGCAAGCAGCAGUAUUUGGCAAUGUAUUCUAGCAUAUAUGGUGGAAUAACAACCGAUCCAGCAGCAAUGGUGAUCCCGAUGGAUGAUCACAUGGUGCAUAGAGGGCAUGGAGUUUUCGAUACUGCAGCAGUCAUGGACGGAUAUCUUUACGAACUGGAUCAGCACCUCGAUCGUUUCAUUGGAUCUGCUGCAAUGGCCAAGAUAAAGCUUCCAUUCGAUAGGGAAAGCAUCAGAAGAAUACUCAUACAAACUGUGAGUGCUGCCAAAUGUAGGAAAGGGUCACUAAGGUAUUGGCUUUCAGCAGGACCGGGCGAUUUCCAGCUCUCUCCAUCUGGCUGCCACGGGUCGUCUCUUUAUGCCGUUGUGAUUCAAGAUGAUUCAGCCUCCAGUCACAGCGGCAUAAAAGUAGUGACAUCUUCAAUUCCAAUAAAACCACCACAGUUUGCUGUGAUGAAGAGUGUGAACUAUCUUCCCAACGCACUGUCGAAGAUGGAGGCUGAGGAGAAAGGCGCAUAUGCUGCGAUUUGGCUGGAUGGGGACGGUUACAUAGCCGAAGGACCUAAUAUGAAUGUGGCUUUUGUCACAAAGGGAAAGGAACUUGUGAUGCCAAAGUUUGAUAAAAUUCUCAGAGGGUGCACGGCCAGGAGAGUUUUGGUGCUCGCGGAAAGUUUGGUGGAGGAGGGAACACUUAGUGGGAUACGGCUGGGCGAUGUAACCGUGGAGGAGGGGAAGGAAGCCGAUGAAAUGAUGCUCAUCGGGAGUGGAGUUUUCGUUCGUGCAGUCGUGCAAUGGGAUGAUCAAGUCAUUGGUGAUGGCAAUGUAGGUCCGGUGGCUCAGUCUCUUUUGAAUCUCAUUUUGGAGGACAUGAAAUCGGGUCCGGACACGGUUAGGGUUGUUGUUCCUUAUUGACCCGAUUGAGAUCUUUUUUAGCUGCCGGUUGCGGUGAAGUUGUAGGGUUAUCAAUCAUCUCUGCUCCCACAAUAUAUGAAAAUUUGUGUCUCAUAUGAGAUUUUAUUUUCCAAUAAAACUAAUUUUAAGUUGCAAAUGAUGUAUGUGAACUUUCUUGUUAUCACUACAUUUUACGUGUAUAAUCGUGUCUUAUUUAUCGGUA